AUGCCUGAGAUGGGUGCGGCUCAUGCAAUCAUCCAGAGACAAUAUAAUUGUCAUUCUUUGGUUCAAGCUUUUCUUGCGAAUUGUUUCCCUACUCAAAGGUCUUGUCUGUCCUCCCGAUCAUGGAUUACAUUACUAGCUACCCUACCAACGGAAGUCAAGGCCUUGGAGUUAUCAAGUGCAGCGGUCUCGGCCGCAGCGAUUGGACGGAAAUUCCAGGAUGCUUCUUUGGUCAAAGAGGGUCACAAUCUAUAUAUACAGGGUCUUCAGCAGUUACAACAUGCUUUGCGAGAUCGGAACCUGGUGCGAAAUGAUGGGACUCUUGCCGCAUGUAUGGCCCUAAGUCUUUAUGAAGCUAUGGAAUGUCCAAGCGGCGGAUCUGGAGCUUAUUUCAGCCAUUGCGAGGGGAUUUUGGCGUUGGUUCAGGCUCGUGGUGUUGAAGCCCAUUCGAAGGGUGCAGGUCAUCAAUUGUUUCUUGGUAUCAGAAUUCCGGGGAUCCUGCAUGCUUUGGAAAGUCAUUCUUCAACCUUUCUGAUUGACUCUGUGUGGAUGCAGUAUCCCUGGGAAGGGAAGUUAAAGACUCCGUUUACUCAGAUAGUGGAUUGCCUGGCACAAGCUCCAGGGAUUUUAAAACGUGUGCAUUCACUGUUCGGCCUCCAUAAAAAAGAAAGGACCGAAACCUGUUACACACUAAUUCAUGAAUGCUGGCAUAUUGAUGAAAAGUUGGAUAUGAUGUUACAUGAAAUGCAGCAGGUCACGCCGCAUCCACUAUACUGGCAGGUCCAGUCACAAAUGAACCCUCUAUCCGAUUCUGAAUCUCUGGAGAAUCUCUUCCCGGUGGCGUUCCAUUUCAUCGACCUCGAAACCGCCAAUUCUAUCAUCCUUCUAUGGGCGAUACGAGUUAUGCUUUGGUCAGGUCUCUGUAAUCUUUACAGAUUGGUGGAUUCCGGCAGUCCGAUCCUUGAUUCUACCACAACGUCUGUCCUUCCAUCUACUUCGGGUCUGAGAAAAUCGCUUCAUCCCCUGGGCCACCGCCGAGAUUACAUUGUGAUUGUGCACAACGUCUGUCAAUCAGUGGAAUAUAUUUUGAGACAGGAGACACUAUUAUCGGGACCAUUAUCGGUGACACCGGCUCUUGGGAUUGUGCUUGAAUCUCUCAGAGGCCAACCUCAUUGUUGGAAGGAGGUUGCCUGGCUACGAGCAGCCAUUGAUAUCGUUCGACAGCGAGGGCUAGGUCUUCUCAAGUAUGCACGAUAA